CGGGGUCCCCCGACCUUCCGGAGCGCCGAGGGAGCCGCACCAGGGCCGCUCGUGUAGCGGCCCUUACGUCAUCUCCGUGAUCUAUGGGGAAGCCUGGAGCCAGCAUGUGUUUAGCCCCCACUCAUGGCCACGCCCACUGGCAUAAAAAAGAUAGUCUGCCUGUGAGUCAAGUUUUGAUUCCAGGCAGCUGAGCAUGGACAGCAGUGUUAAGCCCCCAUUCAUGGCCACGCCCACUGGCAUAUAAAAGACAGUCUGCCUGUGAGUCAAGUCUUGAUUCCAGGCAGCUGAGCAUGGACAGCAGUUCAUUCCUUUUAUCUCCUCCAACAUUGGAAGCCUGGGUCUUCCCUGCACUGUCUGCAGCCUAGAUCUGAAUACUCAACAACAAGCCUUACAAGCCCACAAUUUACCUACUCAUAUCCAUUUAAUCCCUUAUCAGGGCUAACCCAUUGGGGGCACUCUGCAGGCACCGGCUCCCCUGAUCCUCGGAGGGCGUCCACUGUGCGGCUCCUUGCAACCCCCCUGGGGUCUGUUUUGGUUUCCCUCUCUCCCCCAUGGGGUUGUGGGUGGCGCUCCCUUCGGAUUUUCUAACGGCUCUGCAGACCUCUGGUCAUUACAAAACCCACUUCAUUCGUUAACGAUUUUCCAUGACUUUCUUACCAAUUUAGAAAGAGAGGGGACAUCUUUCUAAUAAAGCUCUGGAUAGCCAUAAAACUUCAACUGAGUGAAACCAUGUUCCGCAUUCGAGCCUACCAACAUAUCUCUACAUUUCGUCAUAUGGUAGCUUCAUAUUCAGUAACAAAAGUGCAGAAGCCUUUUGAAGAUGUGAGAUACACCAAGCUAUUCAUAAACAAUGAAUGGCAUAAUGCAGUCAGUGGGAGGACAUUUCCAACUGUGGACCCAUCUACCGGAGAAAUAAUUGCUCAUGUGGCUGAAGCAGACAAGAAUGAUGUUGACCUAGCAGUUCAAGCUGCAAAACAAGCCUUUAGAUUGGGAUCUCCAUGGCGUGCUAUGGACGCCUCACACAGAGGUCAACUUCUAAAUCGCCUUGCAGACCUAAUAGAAAGGGAUAGAGUCUACUUGGCCUCUCUUGAAUCACUGGACAAUGGUAAACCUUUUUCAAUGUCUUAUAAUUUAGAUGUUGGUGAAACGAUCAAGAUUUAUCGAUAUUUUGGAGGAUUUGCUGACAAAUGUCAUGGAAAGACCAUCCCCAUUGAUGGAAAUUAUUUUUGCUACACCAGACUUGAACCUGUUGGUGUUUGUGGUCAAAUUAUUCCAUGGAAUUUCCCAUUGAUAAUGCAGUGCUGGAAACUAGCACCAGCACUAGCCGCUGGAAACACAGUUGUCAUGAAAGUUGCUGAGCAGACACCACUCUCUGCUCUAUAUAUUGCAUCUUUGUUUAAGGAAGCUGGAUUUCCACCCGGUGUGGUGAACAUAUUAACAGGUUAUGGAGCUACUGCAGGUGCAGCAAUAGCAAGACACAUGGAUGUUGAUAAAGUAGCAUUUACUGGUUCUACAAAUGUUGGCCGACUAAUUCAGCAAGCAGCCGGUGAGUCAAACCUUAAAAGAGUUACACUGGAACUCGGUGGAAAAAGUCCUUGCAUUGUCCUGGCAGAUGCAAACCUAGAACACGCAGUAGAACAAUGCCAUGAAGCUGUGUUUUUCAACAUGGGUCAGUGCUGUGCUGCUGGUUCUAGAACCUAUGUUGAAGAAUCAAUAUAUGAUGAAUUCUUAGAAAAAGCUGUGGAGAAGGCAAAAGCAAGAAAGAUUGGAAAUCCUUUUGAAACAGAUACAGAGCAUGGCCCACAAAUAAAUAAUGUUCAGUUCAAUAAAAUUCUUGACUAUAUUCAAAUUGGAAAAAAAGAAGGUGCUAAACUUGUGAGUGGUGGAGACCGAUAUGGAGAUCAAGGAUUUUUCAUCAAGCCAACUGUUUUUGCUGAUGUGCAUGACAACAUGAGGAUUGCAAGAGAAGAAAUAUUUGGCCCUGUACAGUCAAUAAUUAAAUUUAAGAAAAUCGAUGAAGUCAUUGAGAGAGCCAAUGGUACAAGGUAUGGACUAGCUGCAGGUAUAUUCACACAAGACUUAGACAGAGCAAUGCAUUUAACACAAGCUUUACAAGCUGGUACUGUCUGGGUCAACACUUAUAAUAUUGUUGCUUCUCAGACACCAUUUGGGGGCUAUAAAGAAUCUGGAAAUGGAAGAGAGUUAGGGGAAGAUGGACUGAAGGCUUACACAGAAGUAAAAAGUGUCACAGUAAAAAUUUCCCAAAAGAACUCAUAAACUAUAGGUCCACCUUUAACUAAACAACCUAGACUCUCCCUCGACCUCUCUGAAACUACCAUAUUAUUCAGCACUGGAGCUCAAGGCUGCAGUACAUGUUUGUACCUUAAUUAACAAGUUCUAGCAGCUGUCCUGUUUGUUCAUGGCUUUUGACUCUAGCAACAUAGAGGGUCUUCUGAACUCUACACAGUGCUAAGAUAAGGAGAGGGGAGACAGAAAGGGCAGCUUCCACAGUUGCAUUUUUUCAUGUGGGACGAGGGGUAACGCAUAGCAAGCUACCCUCUCCACAUCACAUAUUUGUAGUUUAUUAGAAGCACUAGCAAAAGGUGAGCCCUGGUCCAAUGCACCUUAAAUCCAAUCUGACUUUGCUGAACCUGUUCCUUGAAAAGCCACUGCCCUAUCCUAAAGUUUGAAUUUGCUUGCAGUGUGCAGUGAAAUUACUGUCUUCAUUGUGCUGCGGAAGUCCCAGACAGGAGUUGAAUAUUACCGAUGACUGCUGCCCAUUGCUAGCAAGCUUUGUGAUGGAUGUUCACUAACAGCUCUACAUUUGUGUCAGUACAGUGUCACGGGCUCCAGAAACUGCUGCAAAUACAUAGAACUCCUCUCCUAUACCAUACUUCAGCAGCCACUGUGCAGGAAGUGAUAUCAUUGCAGGCAGCAGAAGGUGGCACAGACACAACCUUACCUUAGCGCCUCUAAGCUCAAACCCUUCUCUUCUUUAUACCACCUCCAUUCUACCUACCAUUCCUCACUCCAGAUGUGCCAAAAUGUGCUUGGGGAGUGCAGUUUGGCAUCUUCACCUUGGGAGACUUUUAUAAAAAAAAUUGUUGGAGAUGAGAUCCAGGUCUGGUCUUUUGGGGAGGUAACAAACAAAUGAAAUGUACACAAGUACACCAUACACCAAUGAAAAGGAGAUAGUAUGUGAUUUUCUUUUAGAAAAGAAAAGCUGCAGGGAGACCACAGGUAAUACUGGUGACUUAUCAUUUACUCUCUGCUUGUCAUCCUACACAGUUAAAGUGUUGCUAAACCCACAACCAUAAAAUCUGUGUUUAUAGGCAGUAAAGCAUGCUUGUUAUAAUCAUUGUGGAACCCAAGGGGUUAAUUAUCUGCAUUGUGUAAAAAGCCUGUUUAAUAUUGUCUCCUCUGAUCUUCCGCUUCUUCCAGAGUCCCCAAUCCAUCCCCUGAUAAUACAGUGGCUAGGGGACAAGCUGCACAUUCUCAGUUUUGGUGUGUAUUGCCAUAGAGUUUUUCUUGGGAAAAUGCAUGUGAUCAGCCCAGGGCCAAUCAGCACUGUCCAGAAAGAGGGUCAGGGGAUUCUCAUUCUCAUAGGACAAUCAUGGGAGAAUGAAAAACUCCUCCUUCAAGCUUUAACCAGACACUGGUAUAAGUCACAAGACUGCUCUAACUGCUAAUGAGAAAGGGUAUUUAGCAGUUU